CAAACUCAUCGUAGUCGUCUAUGACUUUGAAACAUGGCUGCUUUUGUGGAAGCAGCAACAUAGGCCAGUUUACAGUGUUCAUUUUUCGAGCUUCUUGUUCAUAUAUUUCUCAAAAGAGCAGUCGUUCAUUGGUUUGACCGGACAUGUCAGAUAAAGAUGUCGGUAUGGGGAAGGAGAGUCCCGGGGAAAAAGGUUACCGGACCCCCGGGCUGAGGGGCGCACAGACCACCACAAUGUUCCGAGUUUUCAACCCUGAACUCUUCAUUAAACCUAAUAAACCAGUGAUGGCGUUUGGACUGGUGUCCAUCACUCUGUGUGUGGCCUACCUGGGCUACAUGCACGCCAUGAAAGACAACGACCAGCAGCUUUAUGAGGCAAUCGACAGCGAAGGAGAGAAAUACAUGAGGAGGAAGACUUCUAAAUGGGACUGAUGGCACAUGUUCUACAUGUGUGUGUGUAUACUGUAACGUAAUAGUGAAUUAAAA